AUGAUUUUCCCUCUUCCUCACCAAUCAACUUAUCAAUUCCAUAAGCUUGCUCUCCUUGGCUCCGACUACAUCUCCAUUCCUAAUGGCCCCGACAUAUUGGGAGGAGAUGAAGUCAACAAUCAAUCAGAGGCUUUCUCAACGGUGCUUCAAGCCCACAUAAACUUCAAAACCUGUUUGCUGCCCGAGGAGGUUGAGAAGAAUUCCUUCGGCCGAGCUUGCAGAGCCGAGGUGAAUGCUAUUGAAAUCUUCUUCCCUGGAGCAUUGUCAGCGAAAGUCCGGAUUUGCUUCGCCGCCUGGCUAGCCUUCGCAUGCGCCAUGGAUGACAUUCUCGAGACGCUGCCUUCUGACUUGGGUCAGGCGGUCUUAUGCGAUUGCAUCGAAAUAAUCCAAGGCCGCCCUGCAGACGUUUCCAACGGUACUAAAGGACAUGCUGGCGAUGCAAGGAUCCAGCACCUAACGAGGACGUUGCAUCAGCAUGUCACAUGUCAUCUUCCCCAAGAGACCUGCGACGUGUUCUUCCACGAGGUGUGCGGUGUGCUUUAUGCGCAUAUUGAUGAGUUCUUGUUCUUGGACGGUAGAAUUCCCCAAGACUUGGACACAUAUAUGUCGAUCCGCAGUCGUACCAUCUCCCUCAACCCGUUCUUCGAGGUGAUUAAGCGAGAGUAUUUCCCUACAAGCUGGCAGCCAAAUAGAGCCUGGGACCGGCUACAAGAAGCUGUCUCCUCUGCAGCUGGGCUACAAAAUGAUCUGGUGGGUUUGGAGCGAGACAUGAAGAAUGACGAGCAGAUGAAUGCCGUUAUUGUUUUGAUGCGUAGUCAAACUGAGGCUCGCUCAGCCGAUGAGACUCAUGCGCUCUUAGCUCGGUGCGUAGAUACCGCGGUAGACGAGCAUAAUAGGUGGAUGGAAACAAUAUUCAGACAAGCAGCACGCAUACUUGAAAUGGACGGGGGAGAUCAGUCAGCGGCAGAGACGAACCAAGUUGUACAGCACAUUGUUACAAUAGCUAGAACCCACCUGACAUGGUGUACUUCAGCCAAGAGGUACAUGGUCAGAUUUGAUCACGAUGUAUAA